UUUACAGAUGCAGGACCUGUCGAUGAAUCGUGGUAUGCGCCUGCCCCUUACGCAACUGAGUCUGCCGAUAGACAGCGACGCGGCGCAUCAACAAUUGCCCCCCUCAAAAUAGACGAUUUCCGCACCGGCUCGUCCUCCAGCAUCCAUCAGCGACACCAUUAUUCAUCGAUCCCUCAACACGAUGCCGACGACCCACGGGGCCAACUCGUGCUUUCGUCAUUGGCUGAUGACGAGUCACUGAUCGACCAAGAUUACUCCUCGGAAUAUACGACAAACCCUCAGCAACAACAGCAACAGCUCUCGACACAGUCCCAAGAAUACAUUCAAGAUCAUCAUCACGGACACCAUGAUCAUCAUCACCAGCAGCAGCAGCAACAACCGUCGCAGGUUCAUCAUCGGCAGCAUCAUGGUACCAAUAUCACAGCAGGUAAUCAACUACAGCGGACGUCUACGUCCGCGGUGUCACAUCGUGCAGUUCCCUCAGCGCAGAGAAGCCUCCUCGUACAGAAGUAUUGGCCUCAGCAGAAGCUGAUCAACUCGCCAGCGGCGCUUUCUCGACUAAAUCAGCGUCUCGGUGGACACAUUGCGCCGGGCCCGCUACGUGCUAUAGGCGGAAGCAGCAGUGCUAAUGCCGGAAGCGCAAGCACCGGCGCCAUCGAUAAGAAAACAUGCCCCGUAUGCUUCCGACGAUUUCGUGAUGGCUAUGACGUUCGCGUGCAUAUGCGAUCGCAUACAAGAGAACGACCGUUUCCCUGUCCACACUGUGACUAUCGAGCUAGCACCAAAGGCAGCCUUAAGGCACAUCUCCUCAAUAAGCAUUCGCUGCACUAGAUAUAGUAAUAUCAAUGGUGAUACUGUUCGAUGCAAUAUGGAAUGAUGUGCGGGUUAGACAGACAAAAGACAACAAUUCAAGACAUCAACAGCUAGGUGAAAGAAAGCAAAAACUAGACUGGGAGAAAACUACUGAUAAAAUACCACUUAGAUAGGUAGAUUUCUAUAUAGACAGAUCCUCCAAUGAAAUGAAAUAUGUAUGAGCAAGUGUAUUAUACAACGAAUAAGAAAAGGAGGAAAAAGAUAUGCAUUGUGCCCCGUAGUGCGAGUAUGUGUGUCCUAAUUUAGUAUUCAUAGACUGUCAUAUUGUGGAGUAUUCUGUCCUAUAAUUUGUGAAGCUGAGUUCACCGCUAGGUAGUCCGUACGCUUGUAUAAUGGACGGCCUGACGAUCCCAAAAGCAGGUACUAACUCAGUUUGUGCCAUGUUCGCAUGCACGAUCUCGCCAAAUGUAGCGUAAUACAUGUAGGUAAACAAGCUUUAAACUGCGCAGUGUAUCAGUGGCCAGAAUCACACAUUUGGACAUCGGUGGCAAUAAUCGAUACCAAAUGAGACUUAAUAGGGUCACCUCACUCGUUCACACAUGCCUAUGCUAUUCAUAUGCUUUUGUUGAGCGUUAGUAGUUGCUAUAUCUUAUACUAUUGUAUUAGCCCUUAGUCUGGCAGAAGAGUGCGUAAUGUAUUGCUAGUAGUAGAUUGUAUUUUUAUUUGAGAUUGCGUUUUACAUGAGGAUAACUGCUUCAAGGAGAAGGGGUGCCCUCUUAACUGUGAUGAGUGGUCUCGAUAACCGCUGCGUGUUAUUGCCAGGUAUGUUAAUUUAUAUUCUUCUCAUUCUCCGUUUUUGCUGUCAUAACCGUACAUAAAGAUGUUAUUACUCUAUCGAAUGAAAUACUUUAUUUAAUAUACAUGUUAUUAUUAUCAUUUUCAUUUUCGUUUAUUUAUUAGAAUCUUAGAAGGAACCUCUCAUUCUCUCUUUCAUGUGUCCCUCCUACAGCCUUGCCCUUGAGUCUACUUAUAUAGUAAUAGCAUACUUGUUAAUCAAGAAAGGCUUGGUUAGCGCUGGAUGCGUUACGACUAGUCUUGUUAUGAUCAUUUCUGUAAUCUCACACAAUAAUUUUUAUUUAAAUCCCUUUAUGGCUUUUAUUUAAUAUGUCAAACAGACGCGGUUGAUGGUUCAUCUAUUAUGUGUCCUCGCUAGUCAUCCAAAUAUUCUUCGUUGAGGCACAUGAAAACGUCUGAUUUACCUGUUUAUUAUAAACGCUGCGCAACUGCCCUGUGACAAUGACAACGCACUAAGCAAAUCUACCCAAUGCUGUUACCAAAUCGCUAAGAUAAUAAGCUCCAAAAAAUAUAAAAUAAUUCGAGACAAUAUGUUGAUUUUUUGGGAAAUUUUCGGUCAGUUUAUUUUAAUAAUCUGUUGAAGUUCGUUUUUGCUUAUACGGCAGCACAAACGACUGCCGUAGAAAUAUAAAGGAAAUAUAAAAACGGUACUUCAUUUUAUUACAACUACUGUCACAUGUCGUACUAUGAAGUUAUUUGUUCCCCUGUAGCUUGUCCUAUGUACAUAUAGAGAAUAUAUGCACACAUAUACUAGGCUGUGUCGGCGUGGAUUUUGAAAUGGUGAUAUUACCGAGACGGGGUCGUUGAAGCAAGAAAGCGAUCGAAAGAAACGGUUUGUUCGACAAAGUUUAACCGGCGUUGUACUAUAUAUAUUGGCCAAAACCUGUGGUUAUAACAGAACUGGCUCACUGUUGAUAUGUAGAUACACGAACAGCAAUCGUAGUUAAAGAUUAAUAAUACACCAUACUACUAAUAAUUUGAAGCUGGGUGAAUAAAGACCGGAUAUCCUCGUGUAACAAGUA